AUGUAUCGCCGCGCCGCCGCGGAGGAGGGGGACCUCGACGACGGGGACGGCGCGCUGCGGGACCUGCCCCUGCUGGUUCCACCCCCGCCGCCGGGUCCGCCGCCGCCGCCGCCGCCGUACCUGCGAUGGGAGGACGCCACGACGGCUCGCCCCGCGUUGCGCACCGCCGCGCCGCCAACCGCGAAGACGCCUCUCUCCAGAGUCGAUCCAGGCGCCGCCGGGAACCCCCGCCCCUCCGCCGCGUGGCUCCCAUUCCAGAGCUACGGCGCCGCCAACCACUCCGACCCAACCGAGCAGGGCCAGGCGGCGCGACCAUCUGCUGCGACCUCGACCGCGGCCGCGGACAAGCCCGGCGCGUUCGACCACGACUUCCGCGCCUACACCUUCCACGACAUGCGCCCGGCCGCGAGCGACUUCUACACCACCUCCGCCUCCGACCGCGGCCCGGUAGUGGGAAGCCACGCGCCGAGGUCCAGCAACAACACGGGCGCCGCCGCGAACUCCGCCCACCCUGCCGCCUCCGACCUAGGUGCUCAGUUCAACAUGACGAUGCCGCGCGGCCGCCAGGACAUGCCCCGGGGCGAGCAAAUGUACGGGGCGCCGCCGAACGCGUGGACGCCAGUCGCUGUUGAGCCCGCCUACCCCUUCUUCUCCGCCUUCCUCCACGGCACUGACCGCAUGAUGCGACCCGAGCAGAGGGCGCCGACCUCCGGCUACUACCCGGCCGCGCCGCUCUCCAACGACCGUACAAGCUUCAGCAACCAUCCAUCCGGCUCCGGAGCGGGCUCCAUGGCGGCGAGCUCCAGCCAGUACCCGCAUGCGCACUACGGUUCAACCCACACCGUCUCCGACCCCGGCUUCCACGCCGACAGCAUGUACGGGACCGGGAGGUGCGGUGCGGCGCCGGCCUCUUCAACGUCGUGGCCCAGCACCUACCAUGGCGCGGCGGCGGAUUCCCCUCGCUCCACCUCCGACCUGGACGUCAUCUUGAGCGCGAUGCACGGGCACGGCGUCGUCCAUCUGCUCGACAAGGGUGAUCAACAGAUACGCUCGAGGGUCCUCGCCGCAGUGAACAAGGAUGUUCACUUAGUGAUGGUGCACCCGCUGGGGUGCGAUGUGUUCCAAGCUCUGCUGCGGUGUUGCGCUGGCCACUACGAGAAGCUUUGGAGUAUCGUGCAGGCCCUCGCCACGACCAACUAUCAUACCUGGAGAUGCAAACCCAGCGACGACCGCACCUGGAUAGAGUGCAUGAAGCGCCUCGUCACCGCCGUAGCUCCCUACCAGCAUCUGUAUGUUACUCUUCUAGGAUUCUUAACCCGUAAAGACUUGAGCGUGGUGAAGCGGAGGGAGGGCGACAAGUUACUUGCACUCUGUUUUUGCAUGAUCCCCUACCAACAAAUUAAGCCUCUUAUACUGCACGUCCUGGCCAACAUUGAGGAUACUAUACAGUCAUGCGAUUGCCUGAGAGUGUGCUUCGACAAUGCAAGUAUUGAGGAACUAGUUGAGUUUCAGAAGGUGCUCCUUACCCUUUGCACUGCUAUGGCUAAAGGCAAAUACGGCAACUACUUCGUGCAGCACGUCUUGCGGAAUGGAACUACAGAGUUUAAGCAGCCAAUUGUGCAGCGGCUGAUGCACGAUGUGGUGGCCUUGUCCACCGACAAUCAUGGGUCGCAUGUAGUUCAACUAUGCUUCAAGGACCUGGAUGUCCAGCUGCUGUGCAAUGUGCUGACGGCGUUCCGUGAGUUGACUGAGAGACAGUUGGCUGAAAUGGUGCGCGGCCGUUCGUCCAAAUAUGUGCUCCAUAAGCUGCUCGACACUCACUUGCCCCAGCUCGCUAGCGAACUCGCUCAGAGGUUGGCCACGCUUCCUGGGGACAUCUGGCAUCAUGCUGAGGCAAACGUUGUGAAGAGAUCUGCCAAUCGGGUACUUGGUGCCUAA